GAUAAGUAAACGAUUGGCACAUACGAGCGCGCCCAUUGUGGCGCUGGUGCUAGUUCUUCUCAGGCUUUGCGCCCAGGAAUACUGAGCAACAACUACAGCUAACGUUCAAGAAUCACGUAUCUAUCGGCAGCAAAAGCUGCGGUUUCGAUCUGUCGUUCUGAACCUUGCGUCUGAGCGAUCUAACCAAGAUGGCGCAGCCACCAAGCCCCACCUGGGUUGGCGAACAAUUUAUCAGCAAGUACUAUGACGUUUUGGCGAAGCUGCCCAAGCAUCUGCACCGGUUCUACAAGGAGAACAGUACCCUCAGUGUCGCAGAUGUGCAGGCCGAUGGGCACGCUGUUGUUGGGACUGCAAGCGGCACCCUGGAGGAUAUCCAAGAGAAGGUGAUGAGCACCAUUGCGAACGCGGUGGUUGCGAGCGACAUGUCCCUGGAUGCCCAGUUCUCGCAGGGAAACGGGGUUUUGUUGCAGGUGUCGGGAACCAUGAAUCUGCAGGGUGUGGACAGGAAAUUUGUCCAGGUCUUCUUUUUGGCGACUCAGGAAAAGGGCUACUACGUCCUGAACGACAUGCUGCGUAUCUUUCCUCCGGAGCCCGCGCGUGACAUUCGUCCCGUGGAGAACGGUUUCGUCGUUCCCUCUGCCAUCCCAGCGCAUGCGUAUAGCCUCGCGCCACCACAGCUCACGGGGCAGCUGCAACCACGGGUCGACCUAGCUGCAGGCACGCCUGCAGUGGUUGCAACCCCACCUGCCGUGGCUGUGGAGCCCCUACCUGCGGACGCUGAAAGCUUGGUGCCGGAAAUUCCCGCUGCUACACCAGCCACUGCAACAGUGCUGGCAACGACUCCGUUGCCAGUGCCGGUGCCAGCUCCCGCUCCGGUUCCUGCAGCAACGGCGCCAGCGGGCCCCCCGGCGGCACCGGCCUCUCCUCCGCUAGCGUUGCCAGCAGCAACGGCUCAGCCGGUGCCCCCGGUGCCCAUGAUACCGAAACAGGCGGCCCCACAGCAAGGAGCACCGGCUGCUGCCCCGGGUACUUCUGUUCCGGCACCCUCACCCAACCUGAGCUGGGCUGAACGUGCCAAGUUGGCAUCGUCCGCACUGUCGGCACCAGCCUCGGCCUCUAAGCCAGUCACGCCUGCCAAGGUCCCCGCUCAGGCAACGCCAGUGCCGGCCCCCGAAGCGCCUCCAGGGGAGGGGACGGUGUUGCCGCCGGCGACCCAGGCAGUUACUGAAAGCGAUGCUGAUGCGCCGGCUGAGGCCCAGAGUGAUGUAGACCUGGAUAACCGGGCCCCAAUUGUGCUGGAGCCGGUGCCAGCAGGUGCAGGCGACAACCCGGGUUUCGGCGUUUACGUGCAGGGCAUCCCUCAGACGGGUGACUUGCAGAAGCUUCUGAGCGAUGAGUUUUCGCAGUUUGGAUCCUUUGGCUCCGGUGGUGUCAACGUCGUCCGCUCGCCACGCUUUGGGAUGGUCGCGUACAUUUUCUACCUGGAAGAGAAGUCGCGUAACGCUGCGCGGGAGGCCAGCGGGAAGCUCAGGCUGCCAGACAGCGAUAAACCGGUUAAGAUCCUGGGCGUGCUGCCGGAGUUCGAGCGGGGCUUCGCGCCACGAGGUGGCAGCCGCGGCGAGCGGGGCCGUGGCAGCGGCAUGGGCGGUGGCUACCGUGGCGGCCGUGGGGGCUACGACGGCAGCCGGGGACGCGGCGGUCGCGGUGAGGGUGCCAGGGGCGACCGGCCGCUCAGUGGCCGGGGAGGGCGUGGUGGUGACCGCGGUGGGCGAGGUGGCGGUGCUGGGCGUGGCCCGCGCGAUUUGAGCAGCGGACCGGCAGUUCAAAAGCAGGCAACUGUUUAG